GCAUGGGGCAUCGCUGUUUGUGGGUUUGUUUGAGUAAGGCAAUCAAGCUAUACAUAGGAUAGUCCUGAAACCAUGCCUCUUGUUGAAGAGCUUUCGAGGGAAGUAGAAAUAAAGGCAGCUGCAACUGAAUUCUACAACAUCUUCACACACCAUUCUUUCAAUCUCCCAAAUAUUUCUCAGCCCAUCCAGAAAGUUGACGUUCAUGAUGGAAAUUACACAAUCGAUGGUAAAGCUGAAAUUUACAAAGAACGAGAGGAAUUCGACGAUAACGACCUACUCAUAUCCAUGAUUGGAGUGGGAGGAGAUAUGUUCAAGUAUUACAAGGCCUUUGACGUUAUUUUUCAAGUUGUACCAAGGGGACCUAAACUUAACUCGGUAGUUUUGCGCAUGAAAUAGGAGAAACUUGACCAUAACUCUCCCAAUCCAGACAAGCACAUUGGAUUCUUGAACAACUUGAUCAAGGACAUUGAAUCCCACCUUAAAGAUAAAU